AUGGACAAAGCCUCCGCUUCUAGCCGUUACCAGAAGCCCGCAUCCGGUCGACGAGUGCGUUUGACUCCGGCGACUCCUCGCCAAGAACCCCCAACACCCACAACCUCGUCGUCAUCAACCACCGAAUCCACUCAGUCUCCGGAGACGUCUCCGAGCGAUUCACAGUCAGGGAGUCCUAGAGGUGUAAUGAGGAGAAUCAGACCAAAGGGAGAAAUACCCUACCCGUUCACCUACCAAGCCACCAAUGUCAGAAACGAAGAAAUAUCCCCCUCUGUGCCAAAUUCUCUCGAGAGUUUGGACGAAGCCUCAUCUCUCUCUGACACUCAAGCCAUGAUUUUUAUUUCCUCUUCCUCACACGAUAAGCUUGCGGACACAGCAACAGGCGGCAAGCAGGAAGAUAAUCUGGUGGAGAUCGUGGUGGAGAUCGUGGUGAUAGAUUCUGAGGAGGAUGAGGAGGAGAUGAAGGGCAGCUCUGGGCAAACCAGUAAAUUUAUAGAGAACCCAGAAGGUCCAGCCAUAGACACUCAGGAUGAAGCUAAAGCAGAAAAUGAGGAGGUGAUUGUACAUGCCAAAUGGAAAAGAAGGAUAGAGGAGACGGUGGUCGGGUUGGUUGCAUAG